AUGACCGACCACGUUGACGGGCAUGAAGCCUUCCGCGCGAAGGCGGCUUCCACGUCUCCAGAGGAGGAAGAUGAUUUCCGCAACGGCUGGAAAGAUCAGCCGUCUUUCGAGCUGGAACUCCUGAACACCAAGUCAGGAAAAGAGCAGGUUGGCUUGUUGGUGCUUGCAUGGGCACUUCUGCUGCAUCGUGGCACCUUCACCAGGAACGACGAUGCCUUCUUCUGGGGCGUCUAUGACCUAGAAACUGGUAUUCAAUCGUCGCGACGACUUGGAGCGGCCCAACUGAGCGACAUUGUUCCGAGUGAAACACAAACCGUUACCAAUGUCCUAAGAACAUUGACAGCAUUCACCCGAGGCUUGCAAGGCCUAGUGGACUGGGAACGUCAGGUCUUGUAUCUUGCAACUGCUGAUUUGUCUUCAGCCCAGACGUACGAUGUAGGUCAAUGCCAUUCUGAAACUCCGGGUGGUCAAUCUGACAUGAGUCGUAUUCAGGCUUCUUCAACAUUUGGCAUAGAUGUCCGACUGCCAGAAAACCGCUUUUGUCUGCGGCGGUCUCGGAAAGGCAUGCUUCUGUCUCCAGAGAUGGCCGACUUCCAGAUCCAUGGAUUUGUUGACAUCAUCAAGUCCGUCUCGCUCAAUCCAGACAAGACCGUGGCGGAAACGCUGCGUGUCGGCGACCACGAAUUAGCCCGACUCUGGGAAUGGAAUAAAGAUGUUCCUCCAGUCAUCAGCCGUUGUAUGCACGACAUCAUCGCCGAAAACAUGGCUGAGCAUCCCGACAAACAAGCCGUCUUGUCUUGGGAUGGUGAAUUGACUUAUGGGCAACUCGAUCGACUCUCUGGCCAUUUGGCUGUACAGCUCUCGAGCCUGGGUGUGCGCUUGGGCACAUCAGUGCCCAUGUGUUUCGAAAAGUCCAUGUGGACUGUCGUUGGAUUGCUUGCCGUUAUGAGAGCUGGUGGCACAUUUGUCCUCACCGAUCCACAGCAGCCUGAAGGACGCCUGAGCACCAUUGCCGCCGAGGUCAAUGCACAAGUUGUCCUCACAUCUCAAAGUCAGGCCGCUCUGGGUGCGCGAAUCGCGCCUCAUGCGAGAACAGUUGUGGUCGGCCCCGAGCUCUUGAAAUUGAGCGAAGAGCCAGGUUCUUCAUCGCUGCCGCCUGUUCCCCCCUCCGCUCUCCUUUACAUCAUCUUCACCUCUGGCAGUACCGGCAAACCAAAGGGAGUCAUGAUCUCACAUGAAAACUUCACAACCGGAGCAAUACCGAGAGCAGAGGCAGUCGGCUACAAAUCGCACUCAAGAGUGCUCGAUUUUCCGUCAUAUGCUUUCGACGUGAGCAUUGAUUGUAUGCUGUGCACGCUGGUCAACGGGGGAUGCAUUUGUGUCCCAUCGGACGACCAGAGAGUCAAUGACCUUAGUGGAGCCAUCAAGGCGAUGAACGCAAACAUGGCCCAUAUGACUCCUUCCGUGGCCCGCCUGCUGUCACAAGAUGCCCUAGAAUCUCUAGAGGUGCUUGGUCUGGGAGGCGAGUCGCUCUCAGCAGGCGAUGCCGCCGUCUGGAGCAAAAUAACAAAGUUGAUCAUCGCCUACGGCCCGUCCGAAUGCACUGUAGGUUGCACCAUCAACAACGAGAUUGAUGUCACAAAGCCGUAUACAAGUAUCGGCAAAGGAGUUGGAGGCGUGACCUGGAUAACAGACCCAGACGAUCACAAUACCUUGACUCCUGUUGGAGCGGUAGGAGAGCUGUUGAUUGAGGGCUCAGUUGUGGGAGUGGGAUACCUGAACGACCCCGAAAGAACAGCUCAGGUUUUCAUCGAGGAUCCAACAUGGUUGCUCGCAGGCUCAUCGACCGUCCCCGGAAGGCGCGGGCGCCUUUACAAGACCGGUGACCUAGUCAAGUAUGAUCCGGCUGGGUCCGGGAAUCUGGUGUUUGUCGGGCGAAAGGAUCGCCAGGUCAAGCUGCGAGGUCAACGAGUCGAGCUCGCAGAAAUUGAACACCACAUACUAAAAAAGCUGCCGGAAGGGGCCAGCGUGGCAGCCGAGGUGAUCACGCCAGGAGGAAAAGAUCGUGAACCCAGUCUGGUGGCCUUCAUAGCAGAGGCAAAAGAUAUGCAGCCUUCAGACGCGGCUGAAGCCGGUGAGCACAUAUCCUUCUCCAGUGAGCUCCGUCGAUCGUUACCAGCCAUCGAGAACUAUCUUGCUUCGAAUCUCCCAAUCUACAUGGUGCCCACGGCAUAUAUUCCACUGCGCAAGAUGCCACUUCUGGUGUCAUGCAAAGUCGACCGGAAGAGGCUCCAAGACAUCGGGCUCGCAAUGACUCCCCAGCAACUGGCAAAAUUCAGGAUGGAAAUGGCCGAUAACCAUGAACCCCAAACAGAAUCAGAACAGAUCCUGCAAAAGAUUUGGAAGCAGCUCUUGGGUUCAGAGGCGGACAUUGGCGUCAAGGACAACUUCUUCGCACUCGGAGGAGACUCCCUGAAAGCGAUGAAACUUGUGGCUGCGGCGCGAGCAGAAGGGUUGUCCUUGACUGUAGCCCAGAUCUUUGCUAACCCCACUCUCUCACGGAUGGCUUCGAUGGCGGAGCGUGUCAGUGACACUCCCGAAACGGAGAUAGCCCCAUUUUCCCUUCUCCCCGGCUGGAAGGUAGAAGAUGCUCAAGCACAGGUGGCAAGUCUAUGCAAGCUCCCGCCAUCAGACAUCGAAGAUGUCUAUCCCUGUACUCCGCUCCAGGAAGGGCUCAUGGCACUAUCGGCCAAGUACAACGACGCGUACAUUGCCCAAAGAGUGGUCGAUCUAGCAGACGCCCAGUCAGCUCAUUUAUUGAAGGCGGCUUUCGAGGUCGUGUCAGCGACUUGCCCAAUCUUGCGUACUCGCAUUGUACAGGUGCCGGGCCAUGGGCUAGUUCAGGUUGUGGUGAAGGGCAAAUUGCCCUGGUACACCAGCAACAGCCUCGAAGAGUAUUUGCAGGUUGACAACGGCAAACCGAUGGGUCUGGGAGACGCCCUCGCCAGGUUCGGCCUCGUGACGGACAAGAAACAAGGCCCCGCCCAUGUUGUUUUGACCAUUCAUCAUGCUUUGUAUGACGGCUGGUCAAUGCCAUUGAUCAUUGAUAGGGUCAACAAAGCCUACCGAGGCAUGCAGACCGCCCAACCAACUCCCUUCAAAGCAUUCAUCAAAUACUUGACUGAUCGAGAUCGUCCCAGUUCGGAGACCUUCUGGAGGGAGCAGUUGCAGGGCGCCACGGGGCAACAAUUUCCAGUAAUACCGUUCCCGGGAUAUCAACCGCGUGCGGAUUCAUUGCUAGAGCAUUACAAUCAGUUUCCCAGCUCUGUCAAUUCCAACACGACCGUUGCGACUGCUAUACGCGCAGCAUGGGCCCUCGUGGCGGCGCGCUACACGUCCGAAGAGGAUGCAGUGUUUGGCGAGACUCUUACCGGACGAAAUGCACCUAUUCCAGGCAUUGCCGAAAUCGAAGGACCUCUCAUUGCCACCGUACCAACACGAGUCCGGGUUGACAGGAAUAUGCAGAUUUCGGAAUAUUUGCAGAGUGUCCAUGAGCACACCAUCCUCCGCAUCCCCCAUGAACACAUCGGCUUGCAGCAUAUAAGGCGCCUGAGUGCUGAUGCGCGGGAGGCGUGCGAGCUGCGGACGGGAAUCGUCUUGCACCCGAAUACUGCGGAUGAGCAGAACGAUGCCGCUGCCGCGAAAGAUUGCCCAGCCAAUGGCUUUGUCCCUGUCAAUGAUGUUGAAGCUGCGAAAGAGGCGCUCAAAUUCAAUUCAUAUGCGUUGAUGCUGGUGUGCUCUCUGGAUUCUCAUGGAUUCUUGACCAUGGCAAGCUUCGAUUCAAAGACUGUCGAUAGGCCUCAGAUGCAGAAAGUGCUUGAAGACUUUGGGCGCACUGUCCAGGAACUUUGCCAGGACACCAGCAAACUCAUUUGCGACCUCGAAAUCAUGAAAGAUCCAAGCCCAGCAGAUUUACUGCCAUUGACUGGUCUAGGUGUCCGCAGUCUCUCUCAGGCUACUGAACGAGACAUAAGCGCUGCCUCUGGAAACACACGGCGGACUUGGAUUGUAAAUCCUGACACACCGAAACGACUGGUACCAGCUGGCGCUGUCGGCGAGCUCUUGCUUGAAAGCGUAACCAAGCUGCCUUUCGAGCUGGUUGAUAGACCUGACUGGAUUCCGGAGACAGUUGACACGCAGACCGCUCUUUACAAAACAGGACAUAGGGCAAAAUUCAACAGCGAUGGGACGAUUGUUUUCCUAGGUCCGAAAAUCAUUGAACCAAAGGAACACAAGGCUGUUCAGGCCAAGAUGAAGAGAGAGGAUAACGCAACCCAACCGAUGACUGCCAAGCGCGAGCAGCUGCGUCGGCUCUGGAGCCGAAUUCUAGGGAUUCCCGAAAAAGACAUUGGUCCUGAAAGCAGCUUCUUCGCUCUGGGCGGAGAUUCAAUCGGGGUCAUGAAGCUUGUGUCAGAGGCUCGUCUGGAGGGUCUCGAGCUGAGUGUUGCACAGGUCUUCAGUCACAGAGUGCUGAGUACUCUGGCCGACGUGAUGAAGGCAUCGGCGCCUCAGGAGACAACCUCUCAGACCGCGGAGCCUUUCUCGGCCUUGGAGAUCAGCGAUGUGGAGAAGUUUGUAUCGCAAGAAGUCCGGCCUAAGCUUUUGCGUCUAGAGUGGAAGAUCAAAGACGUGCUGCCCGCAAGGCCUCUGCAGGAGAUUGCCGUCAAAGGAACAACCAAUCUGCCCCGGUACUCGGCACGAUACGAGCUCUUUUAUCUCGACACCCCGAUUGACCGAAGACGCAUGUUCAAGAGCUGUCAAGAGCUUGUCACACGUAACGAAAUCCUCCGCACUGUUUUUGUCAACAUACAAGGCAGGUGUUGCGGUGUUGUGCUAGAAGACUUGGAAGUCCCCAUUGUCGAGUAUGAAGUCGAAGGAGACUUGAAAGAGUUUGCAAAGAAACUGUGCGAAUUGGACAUUCAGACCAAGAUGGCCGAGGGUACACCGUUUGUGAAGUUCUUCUUUGUGCAGGGCGAAGGCGGCAAGAGUUGCUUGAUCCUGAAAAUCUCGCAUGCUCAAUACGACGAGAUCUGCCUGCCUCGCCUGUUGCAUCAGCUUGCUGCCCUAUAUGAACAGAGGCCAGUUCCAGAGACGUUGCCUUUCUCGUCGUUCGUGUACUACGUUCUCCGAGAAAACAUUCCCAAAGCCAUCCCGUACUGGCGUGAGCUUCUGAAAGGCUCCACAAUGACGGUACUGCGCCCGAAUAUUGCUCUCAAGUCAAGGAAGCCUGCUGCUAUUUCCAGGACGUUUGACAUCUCGGGUCGGGACAGAGAGAUCACCAUUGCCACUUUGCCAACCGCCGCGUGGGCGCUUUGCCUCGCACACCGUUUAUCAACAAGAGACGUAACAUUUGGAGAGGUUGUCAGUGGCCGGAACAUCGGGCUCCCCAACUGUGACCUGAUAAUGGGGCCGACAUGGCAGUAUGUCCCGGUCAGAGUGAGAUUUGGUGAUAGCUGGACCGGACUGGACUUGCUGAAUUUUGUCCAGCAGCAACACAUUGAAAGCUCGCGGUUCGAGAGUAUGGGAUUAAAGGAGAUUGCACAGUUCUGCACCGACUGGCCAGAGACGGUCAACUGGUUUGACUCGGUUGUGCACCAGGAUGUCGAGCAUGUCGAAAGUUUAUCAUUCCUUUCAGCAAACAGUCGGAUGGAAACUGUUUAUCCCCAUCUGGAGCCACUCCGGGAGUGGAAAAUCCAAGCAUUCUUGAAGGACAACUCUCUCACGCUGGAGAUUGUCACCUUCGAGGACUGGUUGGAGUUUGGCACAACUUUGCUUGAGGAACUUGGCGCGUGUUUGGAGCUGCUGGUCAACAAGCCGCAGUCACCAGUCUUUCAGUCAAUUGCAGAUCCUGAUACUCGAAGUCACGAAGUGCCAGUGUUUCAGCCGAAUGGUCAUUCGGUCCUUGACGUGAAGACAGCCAGCAAUAUUGAUACCAGCGGCGUCAACGGGAAAGUGCCCAAGUCCAUGACAGUGCAGCUGAAAAGCCAAGCUGUUUGA